AGAAUUUAAAGAGUGUUCUCAAAAUUCGAGAAGAAGAAAAAGGGAAGAGAGGGAAUCACAUGGGCUUUUAGUUUGCUGUCUCUCACUACUCUCUAUUUUGUUCUUUUAGUUCUUCUUGUUCUUCAUUUUUGCUUUUUAAACAAAAUAAUUAAUUGUUUUUUCUUCUAUUUUCGCACUAUGAUCUACCAUUACGCUUUCUGUCGUUAGAUCUUUAUUUUUUCCUUUUAUUUUUCAACGGCAUGGCUGACGAUAAGGAAAUGUCGUCCCCUGUUGUAGACGGCAACGAUCCGAUCACUGGUCACAUAAUUUCCACAAAGAUUGGUGGCAAAAAUGGAGAACCUAAACAGACUAUCAGUUAUAUGGCCGAGCGUGUUGUGGGGACAGGUUCGUUUGGGAUUGUUUUCCAGGCAAAAUGUUUGGAAACGGGAGAGACUGUGGCUAUAAAGAAGGUUUUGCAAGACAGAAGAUAUAAGAACCGAGAACUGCAAUUGAUGCGUGUGCUGGAUCACCCAAAUGUCAUUUCCUUGAAGCAUUGUUUCUUCUCCACAACAAAUAAUAAUGAGCUUUUCCUUAACUUGGUUAUGGAAUAUGUACCGGAGAGCAUGUGUGGAGUUUUGAAAAAUUACAGCAGUUCAAAUCAAAGAAUGCCACUUAUCUAUGUGAAACUUUACACGUAUCAGAUAUUCAGGGGGCUCGCAUACCUACAUAGUGUUGUUGGAGUUUGCCAUAGGGAUUUGAAGCCGCAAAAUCUUUUGGUUGAUCCUCUAACUCACCAAGCUAAGAUUUGUGAUUUUGGAAGCGCAAAAGUGCUUGUCAAAGGUGAAGCUAACAUUUCAUACAUAUGUUCACGGUUCUAUCGGGCUCCAGAACUUAUCUUUGGUGCCACUGAAUACACAACCUCAAUUGAUAUCUGGUCAGCUGGUUGUAUUCUUGCUGAACUUCUGCUGGGCCAGCCAUUGUUUCCUGGGGAGAAUGCUGUGGACCAGCUUGUAGAGAUUAUCAAGGUCCUAGGUACACCCACUAGGGAAGAAAUUCGCUGCAUGAAUCCCAAUUACACGGAUUUUAGGUUCCCACAGAUUAAAGCGCAUCCAUGGCAUAAGGUUUUCCAUAAAAGGAUGCCUCCCGAGGCAAUUGAUCUUGCUUCACGACUUCUGCAAUACUCGCCAAGUCUUCGCUGUACAGCUCUGGAAGCAUGUGCACAUCCCUUCUUUGAUGAGCUUCGAGAACUGAAUGCUCGACUGCCAAAUGGGCGACCUUUACCGCCACUUUUCAACUUUAAACAUGAAAUAUCUGGGGCUUCGACGGAGCUUAUUAAUAAGUUGAUUCCGGAUCAUGUGAAACGACAAGUAGGGCUACAACAUUUCAUGCAUCCAGCUGGGACAUAAAACAUUUAAAUGUGGUUUCGGAUUCGACAUAUCUAGUUGAUGCUUGACACGAAAAAACUACUAUCUUUGGUUGAUAUCACUGGUUGAUUUGAGGCCUAUCCAGCAUCACUUUGUGUUCUUCCACGACACAUAUAGUCUCUGGCAGUGUGGUGGCUGCCUUCUUUUGAUCCUUUUACGUUAAUCACGCCUCUCGCUCCUGUAUUCUACGAGUUUACAUUAUAGUUAUGUACAUGUAACAUGGUAGAUACUAAAAAGAUCAGAGCAAGAUGGAUGGACCUGGAAAGCUAAGAGUGGGGGAAAGUUGAGAAGUGAAAAAUGUCCUGAAGAUAAGGGAUGGUGGGAUUUUCUGUUUGGUUACUUUCAUUUGUUCUUUGUUUUUAAGUUAUUCCGGUUGCUGACUUCAAGUUGCAGACAAUUAUUGUUACUGUUUGUUCCAAGUUAUGUUAUAUUACUCUCUUUCUAC